ACGAGAUUCGUCGGCAGGAGAUCGAGAAAAUGCAAUGCAAUCGGUCCCACAUUGAGCAUAGCAAAAUAGCUUCCUGCUAGAAUUCGAACGAAUAAAAUGACCCAUAGAGCUUGUUGACGGCAGGGAACUACACAGUUCCUAUAUGCGUACAUCGAGUGUUGCGGUCUCGAGUCGCUGAGGAGAAGGAGGCGCGAAUGGAGAAGGGGAAUGUAACAGAAGACAUGUUGACUAUCAAUAUACGGUAUGUUCGACAUAACUUCCCCGUUAUAUCGAUGGGUUUCCCCGCUACAGCGGCACUUCGAGGAAACCCAGGCAUCAAACCAAGAAAGGACCUUGAGGGCGGGAGGGGUGGUACGAUGCUAUUGGAGUAGAGGACUGAUCAUCAACUCUAUUGACGAAUCUAUGACUGUUAUCGCUGCUCUCCAUGCAGACAAAUCUCGGCGGCGCAGGUUCCAGAGCUGUAUAUCUUCAAUAGAGUGAAUGUCAAUUUCUCGAUCCCGCAUUCCAGCCAACGAUCUAUGGAUCAAAGUCGGCUUGAUCGGCCAUGAAUGGCUUGAAAGCGCGGCAUCGGACAGCCUGGAAUUUGAUGUUUAUGAUGCCAUGUGUGUUGCAGGGAGGAAAUUAUGCGACCACAUUUGCAUCUCGAAAAUGAAGCAAAUCGACACAACUUUGUUCCCUCUCUAUAAAUUGUCCCUCUCUGUGCGGCGCUCAUCGACAGCAUAAAAGGGAAGGCCUACCCAGAGUCCUUUUCUCCUCGUCCCAAGUGUCAUUCUAAUAGCUCUACAUCAAUAGGAGUGACCCACAGCAACAUUUUCACAAUGGUCAAACUUCUCAUCGUUAGCCUUCUUGCGCUCUGUGCUUCUGCUGUUCCCCAGGAGCAAGACCCUGGCAACCGAAUCUGUGCGCAAUGGUGUGCCGAUAAUUUUGAUAAUCCUGGAAGGAUCUGCACUGCUCCAGCUGCCCAGGGCAGGGGCCCUUGCUAUACCUGUGGUCCUUUCAAGGAAUCAGAGUCCCAGGAGCUAUGUGACGAACGGUGUCGUGAUACUGAUACUCAUCCACAACACUGUGGAAGAUGUGACACUCCAUGUUCUCAGGGAUCAUCCUGUGUGGGUGGAGUGUGCCAACCAGCCUGUCCUGCUGGUCGGAGUACAUGCCCUUCUGGCUGCAAAGAUCUCAAUUCUGAUCCACAACACUGUGGAAGAUGUGACACUCCAUGUUCUCAGGGAUCAUCCUGUGUGGGUGGAAUGUGCCGAGCAGCCUGUCCUCCUGGUCAGAGUACAUGCCCUGCUGGCUGCAAAGAUCUCAAUACUGAUGAACAAAACUGUGGAGCGUGUGGCACUGUGUGUGCUCAGGGAUCCUGUGUAGGUGGAGUGUGCCAACCACUCUGUCCUCCUGGUCAGAGUCCAUGCCCUACUGGCUGCAAAAAUCUCGAUUCUGAUCCACAAAACUGUGGAAUAUGUGGCAAUGUGUGCCCUCAGGGAUCAUCCUGUGUGGGUAGAUCGUGCCAACCAGCCUGUCCUGCUGGUCAGAGUCGAUGCCCUACUGGCUGCAAAGAUCUCAAUUCUGAUUCACAAAACUGUGGAGCAUGUGGCAAUGUGUGUACCCACGGAGUAUGCAGGGCAGGACAGUGCAGCCGCAAACAUUGCCCAGGCUCAAAAUUGUCACUGCUUCAUAUACUUAGGCUAAGUGAUGGUGGAGAUUGUGACACACCAUGUGAAAAUGACAACUGUAUUUGAACGAUACUUUGAGACCAUUACAGGGAACCUGCAGUGGUUUUUUCGGUUGUUUGUGUUUCCUAUGCACUGUUGUAUUUGCUUCACCUUGCUUCUUUUUCUCUGAAAAAAACUCGC